UUCCUCAGGUGCUUUACUUAGUAGUGUGUGGGUGUGAGUGAGAAAGUCUCUGGUGCAAAGAAAUUAACAUAGAAAUCGGAAGAAACUAUGGGGGAAAGUAAAUGCACACUGGCUGUGGCUUAACGUUUCAUUAACUGUUAACAAAAAUCUUAACCUUCUGGCUAAGGUGGGGAGCAGUGAAUUGCACUUAUGAAAACUUUCCGCUAGCCUCCAAAAUGUCUAAUCAUAACUGACAGCAAAUGUUCAGUAAAGUCACACCGCUGCGCGUAACGCUGUGAAAUGUAGCCUACUCUACGUUCCCACAUAGCUCCCCCAGGCGCGUCACCUGUUCUCGUCUCGCGUCUUCACUUUCUCGUCUCGACCCCACCCGUAGACCCGAGGCUACAACCCUUGGUUUGAUAAUGCCUUGGUUGGUUGUAUUCCGUCUUCUCCGUGGCUGCGGUGAACAGGUUAAUCAAUGAGCAGAAUACAGCAGAGAUAAUCCGUGUAUUGUCCGUGCAUUUUCGUUCGUGGCUAAAAUACAAUGAUCCACAGGACACAUUUCAGAAGAACAAGUGUUUGUUCCAAAUGGAAUUAUUAAUCAUGCAGCCGCAAAAAGAUUGGAGCUCUUGUUUUCAAUCGAAACCCGUGGGAAAAGUGAGGAGGCGACUACAAGGCAUACGAUGUCUGUCUCUUCAGGAGUGCGCUCCCCUUGACCUCAGCCACAACGAGAGCGCUCGCCUAGCUACUGACGCACUGUUGGAUGGAGGCCUGGGCGCCUACAAGGAGGUCCUAACCAAAGAUGGAGAAGUCGACUUCUUGUCUACACGGGAGAAAAACUACAUGAAAGCAAAUGUAUCAGACACAGGCAACUCAAAGGACGGUGAAGAUUGUGGUCAUGGACCGGAGACAGACUCUAACUCGAGCCAGACUUAUUUACCGUCGGCCACAGAAAGGUCCCCACCGGAGUUGGACCAUGGCUGGCCAGCGGAAGACUCGCGUCCUCAGCUGCAGGGGCUCCCUGAUGUUGAUGUGCACUUCCAAACCAGCGGGUCCAGCAUGAAAGAUAUGUUGCGUCAGUUUAUCAAUAAAGCCACCAAGGUAAGUUGUAAUAUUCUCAUCUCACCACACCAAAUCUCUAAACUUUGUUCAAAUCUAAGACUAGUUGUUCAUCUCUGCAUCCAGGUUCUAGCCAUAGUCAUGGACACCUUCAGUGAUAUAGAGAUUUUCUGUGACUUACUGGAAGCUAUGAGGAAACGCAAUGUCUCCGUCUACUUACUGCUAGACCAUCUGAACCUACCCAUUUUUCUGGAGAUGUGUAACAAUCUACAGAUCAACGCCUCUCAUAUCCCAAAGAUGUCUGUGCGUAUUGUGCCUGGGCAGACUUACUGUGCCAAGUCUGGGAAAAAAGUCAAAGGACAGAUUCAGGAAAGGUUCAUCAUUGCUGACUGUACAGAGGUGCUUGUUGGAUCAUACAGCUUCACCUGGCUGACCUGGCGGGUGCACCGAAGUCUGGCCAUGCUCUUUAAGGGCAGUGGGGUCAAGCCGUUCGACUCGGAGUUCCAACGCCUCUACGCUGCCUCUCUGCCCGUGAAAGACCUCCCUGCCGCCGGAGACCUCAACAGCCUCUCCUUGUACAUGGACACCAAGUGUUUAAGUAGCCAGCCAUCCCCGAUAAGCUCCUCUGACUCCGCCAGCACAGAACUAGAAGCAGCUGUCCAGGGUACAGCCGCACCCAGGCAAAGCGAUGUCCCAAAAGACCCAAGACCCGACCCCAGCCCUGAAGCCCAGCGCCUAGUCUUCACUGUAGCACAGUCUAGAUUUCAGACACCGUUGCCGGCCCCAAGCCAAGCGCUGGCCCCAGCGCCUCUGGCUGGACCGAGCCUAAGGCGUCAGCAGAGCCCCAGCCCCAGCCCCAGCCUUGCCACCGUUCUGCCGCCGAGGCUCCAGUGGCUGCUCACUCAGCGUCACUCAUCCUUCCCCAGCGAUCACAGUGUAUCAGCGCUGCCAUGGCGACCUGCUGUCACCUCCACCACCACCACCGCACGCAGUCGUAUCUUUCCACAGACAGCAGGCUGGGCUUCAACACAAAGAUGAGCUGUUCGUGAUGACGCUUCGCUACCAAACAUAGAGCUCAAGAUCAUUCUUAACAAAAGAUCGACAAAAACAAUAUUUACAGUCUUAUUGUACUGGAGCUACUAUGGAAAACUGGAGAAAAAUGUGUAAACAACUAAAAAUUCAGAGUGAGAAUAUACGACUUAGAGUAAUUACGUAUGACCCUGACUUUACAGCAAAUAAAACAGAUAAUAUCUUAGAAUAUUGGGCUGGAAAGGGAUUGAUCUCAUUCUCACAACUAUUUGAAAAGAAUAUACUACAAACAUUUGAAGACCUAGUAGUAAGGUAUAGUCUACAAAAAAAACAUUUUUUCAAAUAUUUACAAGUGAGGAGCUAUAUUAAACAAAACUUGGAUAAAGAAAUAACACAUGACGUAUUACUAUUUUUUAUUAGAAAACAGAAACAAAAGCAGCGCCAAACUAUCAGAGGCUUAUAAAGUAAUGCAAAACAUCACAGAUAUAGAGUACAAAGUAAAACAAAAAUGGGAAAAAGAGCUCCUCAUAAACAUAUCCAAUGAGGCCUGGAAAAAUGCUAUGAAGGAAAACUUUAAAAUAACACAGUCAAAAUAUUGGAAAGAGUUUGCAUGGAAAAUAAGUCAGAGAUAUUUCAUUACACCAGAUCAAAGCCAAAAAAUUAACUCAAGAGCAGGAACAACCUGCUGGAGAGGAUGUGGUGAAGGAAAAGCAAACCAAACACACACGUUCUUCACUUGCCCAAUAAUACAACCCUUUUGGGAAGAGGUAGACGAAGCUAUCACAUACAUUAUGGACAUAAAAGAAACCUUAACAAUAGAAAAUCUUUUAGGUAUAAACCUACAAAAAAAGAUGAAAGCAAAACAUUAUAAACUAUUUAAUAUGCUGAGAGUGACUGCGCAGAAGCAACUGACAAGGUUAUGGAAACAACCAACAAAACCAGAUAUACAUUUAUGGUACAACACAAUACAACAGGUUAUGGAAAUGGAAAAAAUUACAUUAACAACCAGGAACUGCCUUGAAACAUGGAAUAGAGUAUACCCACAACACAUAAUAACUAAAAUGCAUAAGUACUUUGGGGAGAAGGUAUAGAAUAGACAGGUUCACACCACACAUUUUCACCACACCUACACACUUACACAUACAUGCACACAACACUGAGGAAUAAGCUAUUUGUUUAAUUACUAUUAUUAUCCUUUUUCAUUAUUAUUUCCAGUUUUUUUGUUUUGCCCUGUCUUGUUUUUGUUUUUGUUGUUGUUGUUGUUGUUAUCUUCAUGAAUGUACGUCUACUUUGUUUCCCCCAAAUCUGUUAUCCUUUGUGUCUUCUACCCUAUAUAUGGCAUGUA